CUAGCCUACACUAACUACCUUUGUAUGAAAAAAGGGUGAUACAAAAUGCGGUAACAACUACAGGCCCAUGGUCUAAGUGCCUGUAAUGUCAAAGGUAGUAGAGUUGACUAUGAAAUUUCAGCUGGAAAACAUUUUCGGGUCCAAUCACCUUCUUUCAUUUGCCCAGUACAAGCUUAGAAGUGGGCUUAACUUACAUUGGGGAAUCAUCAUGAUUCCAGAAAGGUUGUCCUUUUCAGCUCCACCAACCUUAACAGGGAACACACCAUUACUGAUUCACCUCAUUGACCUAACAUUGGAUGUUAUUGAAAAUUCUCCAGCCAGAAUUAUUCCUAUGAAGAUUGGACCUGACGUUGAAGACGUGCACGUAAAGCAAGAAUGCUCGUCCGAUGAUGGAUAAUAACGAACAAUCUGAUCAAUGUAAUAGAAGUAAAACAGAGCUGGAGGUAAACCCAGAACACACUAAGUUUAAACAACACACUUAGGCCUAUGUCGUACCGUAUUAGAGUUAGGCCUAAUGAAACUUUAGUGUGCAACCAAGUGACCACAUUCAUUUUUUCUACGCUGAAGAUCACGGGUAUCCUGUACAAAGCCUGACCAAUCCAAACAUAGCAACAUAAUCCUUAUCCAGGGAAAAUUGUAGGGAAAAUUGUAGGGCAUUGUAGGUUAGAAAAACUAAAAGGUGUGAAAAAAAACAUGCGUUCCCUGUGAAAAAUGCUUAUAUAUGAAUAUAAGUACCUUCUCGUACUACAUUUGAGAAUCUUGUCAGUAGCAUUUGGGGGAAUUUUCACUCAGAGAAUUAUGAGUGUUGUUAUCGACUCGUGCAGUCUAAAGGAUACACUCAUGGUAAAGUCAACGUUUAUAGCUGAUUAAAUACAACAGAAAAUGACUUGAGAGGGUUUACAAAACUCGAAUGAACUCCUAAACGAAAUAUUGUCGCUCUGGACUGUGAGAUGGUGUAUACCUUUACAGGAAUGGAAGUAACCAACAUGGCCUUUCUAUACAUCUUUGGAGCUCUGAUAUUUGAAACACUAGUGCACACUCAAAAGAAAUCGUGGAUAUUAACUUAAGAUUGUCUGGAUUCACCCCAGAGCAAUGUCUACAGAGAAAAGGAUAUUGUUCAAUCAAACAUCUUUGAAAUGUCCAGUCAUAUAAACUCGUAAACCAUCAUAGUCGGCCACGGACAAGUGAAUGAUUUGAGGCUGAUAUAAAUAACCCAUCAUCUCGUGGUGGACUCGGCUACAUUGUAUCCUCAUCCUAAUGGUUUCCUGGUUCCAGUACUGCUAAAAACUUGUUAAUUGGUGUCUUCAAACAAAUUCAACUGGUAUCUCAUCGUCAUCCUCACAGUCGAGCUCCUCCCACUCAUCAAAACACAGCAGAAUAAAAACCCAACUUAAAACAAGCAGACAGUUGCCUUAAACCAACAACACAUCAGAGUAGCGUCAAAUCAAUACUUGAUAUCUCCUUCACCUUAUCCAGUCAAUGCUGCAGCAGCCAACUUGUGGCUACCGAGGAGGGUAGAACUAUUACCAACCCACAGCUACAAACUAAUCACCAAAAUAUCCUCACAAAAUCAGGCAGGGAAUUGAGGCAAUGAAAAAAGGGAUGAAUAAUCAACAAGGAACAUGAAAGAUGUUGCAACUAAAAGACCACAAUUUUGUUAAAGUAACCGAACUAACACAUUAUGAAAUUGCAUUAAGAUGUACCUGUGACUGUUGGAUCUGAAGAGGCAGAGAUAGAUAGGAACAAUAACACAGUGUUUGAUAACGACAGCUUUGAAACUGUUAGUGAAGAUGACAAAACUCGGGAGACUCAUAAGUAAACAGUGACACAAAUUGAGUGAUAUUUAUUGCACUGAUCCAAGAUGAAUCUCAACAAAUAUGCAAACUUGCCGGCUCUGAAGAGAAUUAAUAUACAGACUCAUGAAAAGUUUGAUACCUGCCAGGGAGUUACAACAGAGUAGCCCUAUGUGAAGAUCGGGUGAACAAGUCGAUUAUAAUACAGAUAGAGAAAACACUCUUGUUGCAGAAGAAAUUGAAUGUCAAUCAAAUGAUGCAAUAAAUAUUAGAGACGAAUCAUAAAUUGCAUAGGAUUGCAACCAGCAACUGGCGUCUCAACCUAAGGAUAGACUACAGUGUCGCUCAAAUAAAGACAAGGAUGGCUGACCCGUGCGACGAAGUCUAUACUGGUAGUCCUGAACAGUUAGACAUUCUCAGCAGGGGUGUGGAAAUAGCACUGAGGUACAAGGAACUGCAGGCUUCCGUGGCUAAGCUGACGAGUGAGGUGGCGUACUUAGAAAGGAAGGUUUUCAAGCAGGACAGAGAGUGGAAAGAGAAGCUGAUCAUGACGGGGAGAAUAAUGGGGUUGCAGACGCCUCUGACACGCAAUCAACUGCUGAAAGAGGUGUCCAACACCAUGAGUCAGAACAAGAAACUUAAGUGCCGUGUAAACAAACUGCAGUGUGAAGUGACAGCACUUAAGAAAAAACGUCUACAGCGGUUUGUAUCCCCAGCUAAGUUGGCGCUGCGCAAAUACUUGCCACCGGAGAAGCUAGUGGCGCAAGACCAGAAAGAUGCAGUACAGACUCGCGACAUGGUCAGAGGCGAGAUGGAGCGAAUGAUAGAGAAGCCCAAUGAGGAUCCAUGUGACAGUAUCCGUGAUUCUCACUGUGGAUUGCGUCAUUGAGGAUGUCAAGCAAGAGUGUAACAAAUUAUGACAUCAACUGAUCUUCAAGAGUUGACCAAAGGAGGAGAGGUGUUUAUAAAGUUUAUGUUGAGUUUAUAAAGUUUUUCCAAGUGUUCAAUUACAGAGGUUCUUUUUUGCC